ACUGGUGAUGUCUUAUCGGCGGAAGUGGGGGGGCCCCCCCUCUGAAAAUAUGUGAAGAACACUUGCUGUCGUAGGGGUGUCUGCAAGGUUUACUCUCUCAUGGAAUCAUCUCACCUUCCGCAACACCACCCCCCCUCCCCCUUUUUAUUGGAUAGCUCCGGCUGAAAUCAAGACGUGGCUUUAGCUAUAAACGAUUCACGCUGUGGAUCGCGACCGGCUCCGUCAUAACACAGGUAGAAGAGGUAGUAGUUAGGUCGGUGGUGGUGGUGGUGGUAACACGUAUCGAUGAGACACGAGUCACGCCGACGAUGAUUUUUAACAAACCUGUUUGCCCAAUGAUAUAUAUAGUGCGGAGCAUUAAAACGCCCGCGGGCGAGGACGCGCGUGACAUCAGCAGUGGGAGCGACUCUUUCGUUAAAAAAAAAAUAUAAUUUACACAUUAGCGUUGAGUUGUGCCGCGCAUUCCCUCGGCUGUCUGUGAAUCGCCGUAGCCCGGGUUGGUGUCGCCUUAGUUGGUAUGUACAGUUCAGUAUCCGUCCACUGCUGGAUGAAAGUCCGUGUGGAUUAAGUGAAGGGGGGAGGGAGGGGUAGGCGCAGGUGUGGGAAUUGAACUCUGGGGCAUUCUCAUUGAUCGUGCAGUGCGGUAACCACUGCGCCACCACUCCAUUAUAUCGGCAUUGUAAUAGCCCGGUUCGGUGUUACACCGAGUUACAAUAUCCAGAGUUUUAGUCCCGGUCAGUUGACCCCCGAGUUACUCGAGCCUGGGUUAUAGCCCAGUGCAGUGUACCCUGAGUUACUAUAACCUGAGUUAUAGCCCAGGGCAGUGUACCUUGAGUUACUACAACUUGAGUUACAGCCAAGGGCAGUGUACCUUGAGUUACUACAACUUGAGUUAUAACCUAGAUCAGUGUACCUUGAGUUACCACAGCUUGCGUUAAGAUAUAGAGUCCGGGUCGGUGUACCCCGAGUUACUACACCCCGAGUUACACUCCGGGUGUGUAGUUUAUAUCUGCAGCCCGAACAGACGCAGGAGCCGCGUCCUUGGGGGGGAACGCCGCAGGAAGUGGCGAACGGCGUCGAGAGGGAGGGAGACGGGGAGACGAUCCACGUGCCGUGGAGGGGACAGCGCGUGGAGACGGAGCGUGAAAUGUCGGCAGCGUUGCGCUCGGAGCCGGUGGUGGUGCUGGAUCGGAUAGGGCGGUCGCACUCGGAGCGGGAGUUGCGGAGAGACGAGACGACGGAGCUCAUGCUCGAGACGGAGCUGGAUCGCGAUGGAAAGUUGGAGCGCGAGGCGGAGCUGGAGUGGGAGACGGAGCUGGAGUGGGAGACGGAGCUGGAGUGGGAGACGGCGUUGGAACGUGAGACGGAGCGCGAGACGGAACGUGAGAUGGAGCUGCAGCGCGAGACGGAGCUGCAGCGCGAGACGGAGCUGCAGCACGAGGCGGAGCCGCAGCGCGAGACGGAGCCGCAGCGCGAGACGGAGCCGCAGCGCGAGACGGAUCCGCCGCGCGAGACGGAGCUGGAGCGUGAGACGGAGCUGGAGCGUGAGACGGAGCUGGAACGCGAGACGGAGCUGGAACGCGAGACGGAGCUAAAGCGUGAGACGGAGCAGAAGCGUAGGACGGAGCGCGAGACGGAGGCGCAGCGCGAGACGGAGCGCGAGACGGAGCUGGAGCGUGAGACGGAGCGUGAGACGGAGCGCGAGACGGAGCGCGAGCGGGAGACGGAGCGCGAGACGGAGCUGGAGCGUGAGACGGAGCGCGAGAUCGAGAGGGAGUUCCGCGCGGCGUCGCACGCGCUGGAGCGGGAGCUCGAGCGGGAGCUCGGACGCACCGAGGAGAGGGCGCGGAGCCUGGAGCGCGACCUGCGGGACACGCGGGCGCGCGCGUCCCGGGAGCGCGCCGAGUGGAGUGCGCGCGUGACCCACGUGGAGAGCGCGCUGAGGGAGGCGGGCGAGACGCGGGAGGCCGAGAGGGGCCUCGUGCGCCUCCUGGAGCAGCGCAACGACGACCUGGAGCGCGCGCUCAGGGUGGCGCUGUCGUCCCUGGAGGAAGUCGAGCGGCAGCUGAACGCGACGCUCGAGGGGAAGGCGCUGCUCGAGGUCGAGCUGGAGGAGCGCGACCUCCUGCGCGUGGAGACGCAGCGCCUACGGGAGGAGGCGCGCGACCUGCGCCAGGAGCUGUCCGUCGUGCAGAAGCAGAGCCUGGCCCGGACGCCACUACCGCCGCUAUGUCCCACGGCGCUCAGAGCCCCACCGAGGGGCGCUCACCCCUCCUGCGUGUCCCCCCUCCUCCAGAUGAACGCCGCAAGCCGGGGGCGGGCACCCACCACGGUCUCCACCUGGGCACUGCCUGCGACACCGCUCCGCUCGCCAUCCAGGUUCACGCGGGGUCAUGACCCCGUGACCUGGACUCGGUGGCCUCCCCUCGCCUCUCCCUUCACGCACCCGUGGCCCCCGCAGCGCGACCACAGAGAGUGGGAGUCCCGGGCGGCACUCCGACUGCAUCUGGUCACGCUGAGAGGCACCUUGGCUCCGUCCAGAUUCCUGCAGCUGAGUCGCCUCUCGCGUUCGUGAGCCCCAAGGAUCCCCAAGGAUCCCCGAGGAUCAGUCCUUGUUGCCCCAAGUGGCUCAAGAUUCAGGUUACACGGUGGGGGAGGGGGGGUAAAGCGAAUGGUCAACUCGAAUGAUCUAAUACAGAUAAGGAGCCAAUUAACGCAAAACAAAAACAACAAAUUCAUCUCUUUCGUCGCUUAUCUUCAGAUGCGCUUCCACGGCCGUCUGGAACGCUCUUCCUUCAGAUAUUAGGAAGCCAUUGGAGCUAUCCACUUUCGAAUCGCCACCCAGAGUGACAAACUCAUUUACUUUAGAACUGCUUCUUGCGUUAAGUUUGUUGUCUUUCCCCCGCACCUCCGAUUAACGCGGUUGGCUACGUACGGUGCGAAAGAAGUUCAACGCACGUACAUGCAUCUGUCGUCUCCCCUCUCAUCCCACUGUGUCUCCGUCUCUGCAUCUCGCAGCUAAUUACACCUCUUGUGCCAUUGUCCACAUUUGCACACCGCAUCCUGUCCCAGAGGGCCUCAGGUCAGCGAGAACUCGACUUGGGGGGGGGGGGUGAGGGGGAAACAACCCCCUUAAGGUAAACCCAAGAAACUGAGGCUCAGAAACCCAAGAAACCAAGAAAAUCUGAAACCCAAGAAACUGAAGCUCAGAAAACCCAAGAAACG